UGGACAUUGCGAUAACAUUAGACUGAGUACAACACACCAUAAUUAUACGCAUCACAGGACGUUUUUAGAACGCAAAUUGUUACGGGAAAAAUGCUGGUUGUGUGAAGCCUACUUACCCGACAGGAAGUCACUAAAUGUCCACCUGAUCUCUUCAGCCCAUCGACGACUUUCUGUGAUGUGCGCUUGGUGUGAUGGGAAACAGAACGUUUACACCCGUAUAGCGGAUCUGGAAUCCCAUGUGUAGAAAGUCCACCGAGAGGUAACAAUAAGCAAGGACCAGUUCACCAGGGCGAAUGGGUUUUACUUCGCCAAGUAUCCUGAGGACUACGCUAAAGUAUUUGACAACAUCAACCCUUAUGACUCCAAGGCGGCCUAUGAAGCGAGGAAAGCCAUAAGAAGUUGGAGCGAUACAUUUUCGGACAAGCAAGCUAGGGGAGAUCAAUGGACGGCCGGUUGAAGGAAAGGAUUGGAGAUUUUAAGAGGUAUGGCGAAGAAGAGGGAAUCCAGGGAGCGGAGUGUGUCGCGAGACAAGAGGACUGUGGUGGAGAAAUCCGCUAGAAUUGAAAGACAAGUGGAACGGGAAGAUAGCAGUUCAGUUGAUCAGUUAGAACAAGGCACAAGCUCGAAAGUAGUAGCUGAAGAAGAAAGGCCAAAAGAAACUGAAAAGGGACUAAAACGUAGGAGGCAAGAGUCUGAAGGGGAUCAAGACUUUGAUCACAAGGACAACAUAGAGUUGCGUGAAGAAGCUGUUUCGGAGAGAAAUAUGGGCCCAGGUCGAGACAGGGUCGUUUCUCCAAGUGGUGAGAUAUCUUCCUCCUCCUCCUCCUCCUCAUCUUCCUCUUCAGCGUCGUCCUGUAGCUCAGCCGUGUUGGGUUCAAGUAGCAGCUUAAAGGACAGAGCCUUCCGGAUUCUGCAAAAGGGCUGCAUGCCCGUGUGUCCGCCUGCGAAAAGGGACUUAUCAUUGGUAAAUGAAUUCACCAUGGAAGCGAACAACCAACAGAUUGUAUGGCCGCCAGCAAACUGGAAGAAGAUGACCCCGGAUCAGAAACUCAUGGCCCAUGAGAAUGUGGCCAUCUUUCUUGAGCGUGUGGAGAGCACCAACUUCCAAACAUUGUCUAGGAGAGCCCUCUUGGACAAGUACAACUUCAUGUCCCUCGAAGCUGAGGGUAAGCCGACAGUGGAAGAAGGAGAGGCAGAGAAGAUGGACUCAAAAAUUCGUUACUACAACUUUAACUAUCUCAAGGCCAUCGUAAACGGGGAAGUGCAGGAGACUCGCGUGACAGAGGGUAUCGUUCGGGGACUUGAACUGGCUGAUAGGUGGAAGGACACUGAUGUGAUAACUGUAAAACUGGAUGAGGCAAAGAUUAAAAUACGUGUGGGAGCGUAAGAGUUGUCUGAUGUAUGUGAUUUGCAGACUGAGACUAGAUACUAGUUACAUUGUUUUUAAAUUUUUCAUGUUGCUAUGCCAU